CUUGACAAUACAUUUUCUCUUGACUGUCUGGAUCAGUAUGAUUGCCGGCCAUUGAAAGUGAACUACUGCUGGUCGGUUCUUCGUAUAGCAUGGCUGACGGAGAGCAGGUUUAUGAUGUGGAGGAAUCGCCGCCUACCCGUGCUGCUCAGCCCGCUUCCACAGGUGGGUAUGAGGGUAGAUCGAAGGCGAGGAAAGUCACGGUGGAGCCGGUGCUCUUUGUUCACAACAUGUGUUCCCAGAUGAUGUGGUUGGCCUCGCAGGACCUACAGGUUGACAAAGCAUGUGCUGUAAAUGUUGGGUUGAGUGACAGAAUCUGCGCAGAUCUGAGCCACCACUCGCAGGACCAGAGCACCGUGAUGGACGUGGUGAGCAGCUUGCUUAUGUACCGCUCAAUCUUUGAGACCUCCAUCAAGGCUGUGUGGCUGCUGAUGCUUGGGUCGUGGAGUGACCGCUACAGCAGACAACUUCCUCUCAUCAUUUCCAUUUGUGGCCUUGGGGGAGAGGCUUUGGUGUACCUGAUCAUCUCAUUCAUGCCAUCCUUGCCUGUGGAGAGUGUCCUUCUGGCCUCUGUGCCCUACUCCCUCAGUGGGGGCACUCAUGCACUUCUCAUGAUCUGUUUUGCUUACUUGGCUGACACUUCAAAAUCUGGGAAGCGCACAUUCCGCAUGGGCCUCCUGGACGCUGCGUACUACCUAGGCUCCCCAGUGGGUCUGGCACUAGUUGAUCCUCUGAUGGCAGCUGGUGGCUAUCGAGCGGUUUAUAUUUUUGUUAUGGCCUUCUAUGCAGCAACUAUUGUUUAUGUGGUUGUGAGGUUCCAUGGUGAGAGGAGGAGAGUAGAAAAUGCAGAACAUCAAGUGAUGAGGAAGUGUCAGCAGUGUCAAGAAUCUUGUGAUGUGGGCCACUUAUACCAGGCAGUGCAAGUAACAGUACAGCCUCGACCUCACCAUGUGACUGCUUAUAUUCUUCUCCUUAUUUUAGCAAUGUUGUUGGAUGCUCUGCCUGUGUGGGGUGAAGGCAAUGUUAAAUACUUGUUCACUCAGGAAGCCAUGGGCUGGAACCACACACAAUAUAGCCAUUGGGGCACAUUUUCAUCUUUACUCAGUGUUUGUGUGAUGGUGGUGGUGGUUCCCUUGCUAAGUCUGGUGGCCCAUGUUCCUGAUGGCUGGAUUGGGGUGCUCGGAGGUGUCUCACGCACUGCAGCAAGUAUCUUUUAUGGCUGUGUCACCUCCAGUAGCCUAUCAUGGCUUAUGUGGACAGGUGCGGUGUUUGGCAGUGGUAAAAAUAUGGCUCCUGUGGCUAUUCGUUCCUUGCUCUCCAAACUGUCUGGCAGUCGUCAAGUUGGUCAAGUGUUUGCUGUGAUGGCCAUGGCAGAGACACUGGUAGUGCUAGGUGCUGCUCCACUCUACAAAAGUGUCUACUCUGCAACAAAUGAUUACCGCCCAGCCACCUACAAUUUUCUUUCAGUUGGCUUUAACUUACUGCUGACAUUUAUUCUCUUAGGUGUGACAUUGCAGUUAAAGAAAGUGUGGAUCUUCUUGUCAAUAUCAGGUGAAGAGCCUUCUUCCCAGAACACUGCCAAGCCUCCCAGUGCCCAGUCUUCUCAUACACAAAACUGUGAGCAGCAAGAAAGUUGAUACGAUAGCUGGAAAAUCUAAUGAAAACUUGCUGCUGUUGGAUGAGGAUUGGUAAAUACCUUGCUGAAUAACAUAACCACAGAAAUAGGGAGAGAUGGCCACCAUUGCUAACACCAAAAUAUUUAUUUUGUUAAUUGUGUAGGAAGGCAGAUCCUUGGUGAUGAAAGUUAACUUCUAGAGGAGCCCAUUUGGAGUACUAUUUACAAUGGUUGGAAGGUUACAUCAGAAUAUUGAGAUAACUACUAAUAAAGGUAAAGGAAGUAAGUACCUUGAGGAAAUAUGCAUGCUGUGAUUACUGUAGUUUGUAAGCAUACUGUGUGAGGGUUUGUGGAAAUAUUUGUGUUGUAAUGAGGUGCUCAUGAUAACCUUGCAAAGCAGGGUAGAUCCAUCCACACACACCCACACAUAUGUGCACACACCAUCACAUAUUUCACAAGACUAAAUUAGAAACCAUCUUUAAGCCUUCUCUACAUCUACAUUAGAUAGAUAAUUGACCACUACACUAUAACAUUGUACAGCUUUGUAUUUAUUCCUAAUGACAAAAAAAAAAAAAAAAAAAAAAAAAUUCCUCUUAAAUUUUUUUGCUUCAUUAAUCCUAAUUAAACUACUUUUUUAUUUGCAUCCCAGAGUGAUCCUAGAUGCUUCAAAUAGUUAGGAAAUUUCCUUGAAAUAAUUCAUCGCUCAAGACUUGUAUUCCUCCCAUUACCAUCUACUCAUACACCAAAUUACUCCUUUCACAUGAUCAUACAAAUUUCUUUGCCAGUUGAUCAUUUUUCUUUGAAUCAGCUACCUGAGCAUUAUCAUUGUUGCAUGCAACUAACAAUGGAUUCAGCUCCUUCAGCAUUCACAAGACAAACCUCUAUUAAACAUUCUUGCUUUCGCAUUCCCUAUUUAGUGAAAAUUUCUACAGACAUCAGUCAAGUGAAUUAUGCAUUUAGUACUUCCCACAGCCCUGAUCAAACAGGAAACUAUAUAUUACUACUUCAAACUUGAUCACAUGCUUACAUAGAAAGUAUUCACUCCUUUUAACGAUCUAUCACAUAGUCGUACAAUUUUAAUGUAUAAUCCUUUCUGAUAAAUUGUCAAAUGU